AGAAGUGAGAACUCAACCAGAGACAGUACACAAACCACUGCAGAUACGCAGAAAAGAUCGAGUCAGAUCGUACGGAGCUGCCGUCACCGCUGACACCCCACAUCACUGUGGGGCCGUGAACAGUCGUUACCGAGCGAUGGAAGACUCGAUAUUUCAACUAUUUAUUGUUGGUGUUUUAUGGGGCAGCACAAAUCCAUUUCUGAAAGCUGCAACUAAUAAAGUAAAAAGAAAUAAGACAUUUAAUAUGAUUUCAGAAAUCGUGGAUCAUGUAACUAAUUGGCAAUAUUUGAUACCAUUUAUUAUCAACCAAUGUGGUUCAUUGUUGUUCUAUUUCACUUUAAAAUAUUCAGACAUAUCUUUGGCUGUUCCUAUUACAAAUGGAGUUUCACUUGUGAGUACAUCAAUAGUAGGCACUUUGAUCGGAGAAGAAAAACCAAAAUUUAGAACGAUGGUUGGAAUACUAUUUUUACUAUUUGGUAUUUUUUGUUUAAUUAUAGAUAAGAAAACAUGAACAAUCAUUUAUUA